UCUCCCGCUGCUUAAGGUGCAGUCAGCGGCGGCGGCGCUGGGUGUUGGUGGCUUGGCGCAGGCUCAGUGUGUUUUUGACGUCAGUGUGGAGUGGGGCUGGCGCACUCCCUGGCACUCUCUUCCCAUUGUCAGCAGCCGAACGAUGCGAUCGGGCUGAGUCGUUGCCGCCGCCCAGCAGAUAUCACCGAGCAGUAAUCCAGUGACAGUCCCUUCUGGCCGAAGCCCCUGUUCUCUCUCUCUCCUCCCCUCCCCGUCUGAAGACCACUGUCUUGAUUGUGCAAAUCUGCAAAGAGAGAGAGAGCGCGCGAGAAAAGGGGAAAAAACAACCCCACCAGCCUCCUAGGAUAUUCCUGUUUCUGUGCGCCGACAAGGAACGAAGUGAGCCCGGCCCCAUCUCUCCUCCGGCUUUGGAUGUGCGAUUGAAAACCCGGCGUUUCGCAGAGAGAGGGUUCAGUUCGAGUGAGUGAGUGAGGAGGAGGAGAGAGAGAGAGAGGCCAGAGCUGUGCUACUUUCCACACACUAACCAUGGGAUGUACAAUGAGCGCCGAGGAGAGGGCAGCCAUGGAACGGAACAAAGCCAUCGAGAAAACCAUCAAGGAGGAUGGUCUCAGCGCCGCCAAGGAUGUCAAGCUGCUGCUGCUCGGGGCGGGCGAAUCGGGGAAAAGCACCAUCGUAAAGCAAAUGAAGAUUAUCCAUGAGGAUGGAUUCUCUGGUGAUGAUGUGAAGCAGUACAAACCUGUGGUGUACAGCAACACCAUUCAGUCACUGGCAGCCAUUGUCCGUGCCAUGGAUACUCUAGGCAUCGAGUAUGGUGACAAGGACAGAAAGGCCGAUGCCAAGAUGGUGUGCGAUGUUGUGAGUCGAAUGGAGGAUACAGAGCCAUUCUCCCCAGAGCUGCUGGGCGCCAUGAAGCGAAUUUGGACUGAUUCCGGGGUAGUGGAAUGCUUCAGCCGCUCCCGUGAAUACCAGCUUAAUGACUCGGCACAAUAUUACUUAGACAGCUUAGAUCGAAUUGGAGGGAGCGAUUACCAACCAACAGAGCAGGACAUCCUCCGAACUAGAGUGAAGACCACUGGAAUCGUAGAAACCCACUUUACAUUCAAAAAUCUCCACUUCAGGCUGUUUGAUGUAGGAGGUCAAAGAUCAGAGAGGAAGAAGUGGAUCCACUGCUUUGAAGAUGUGACAGCAAUUAUUUUCUGCGUGGCACUGAGUGGCUACGACCAGGUGCUCCAUGAGGAUGAGACCACGAAUCGCAUGCAUGAGUCAUUGAAGUUAUUCGACAGUAUUUGUAACAACAAAUGGUUUACAGACACUUCCAUCAUCCUUUUUCUCAACAAGAAGGACAUAUUUGAGGCAAAAAUUAAGAAAUCUCCAUUAACUAUCUGCUUCCCCGAAUACACAGGCCCUAGCACGUUUGCUGAAGCUGUUGCUUAUAUUCAGGCCGAAUAUGAGAGCAAGAACAAGUCAGUGAAUAAAGAGAUCUACACGCACAUCACCUGUGCCACCGACACCAAUAAUAUCCAGUUUGUUUUUGAUGCAGUAACCGAUGUGAUUAUUGCUAACAAUCUGCGAGGGUGUGGCCUGUACUAGACGCCAUGAGAUCAUUCUGCUGCUGGUUUUCCUGUAGAAGUGAAGAGAACAGCUUUCGGAAAGAGUGGCAUUGGACAGGCCUUAUCAUCAAUUGGCAUGCACACUCGAGCUAACAAGACAGAUACAGGCUACAUAAUCGUUAAGGCACAGUUAUACUGCCACUUUUGCAUUGAUGCUUUAGGUGCCCUUCAGUGCCUUAGCAGUGGUAUAACUCACAAGACCACCAGGUUUCUAAGUGGGAGGAACCUCCCAUCUUAGCUGGUACUUGCCUUCAGUGCUUUAAUGCUUGCUCAGUGAUGUUGGCCCAUCUCUUCAUAUAUAACCAUUCACAAUAUCAAUAAUGUAUUUGUACAGGAAGAUGUAUACACACCUCACUCCAAUAUGUGUGUGUGCGCACGCACACACACACACACACACACACACAUACACUCACACAUAUACAUAUACACACACAUACACAAACACACACUCACACUCACUCACACAUACACACACUCACACAUAUACAUAUACACACACACAUAUACAUAUACACACACACACUCACACUCACUCACACAUACACACACUCACACAUAUACAUAUACACACACACACUCACACUCACUCACACAUACACAUAUACACACACACACUCACGCACACGUACACAUAUGCAUAUACACACACACGCACGCAUGCACGUGCACACACAUAUACACAAUACGUUCUUGUGCAUUUUCCUUCGCCGUAGAUUUUGAUUGCUUCUCUCUCUCCUUUUCAUUUUCUCAUUGUAUUUUCAGUUUAUCUACAGUUCUUCCUUCAUUCACUUAACCUGAAAAGUUCAUCAGGUUAUUUAUUUUAAAAUGCAUAUUUCAGAACUUGAAAGCUAUACUAAGUCGCUUUUCAGCUGAUAGAGAAGUGGAUUUAUUUUACUUUUCUUGGUGUAGCUGCUAAAACUGAAAUGGAAGUUUAGUCAGGCAGAUAUUGCUCAAGGAAUGCUGGGAUAACAUGGAGCUUGGGCUUUGUCAAAAAAAGAUGACUGGGUGUGUGUUCUCUAGAUCACAAGGACCUUUGUUAUCUGACCUCUGUGGAUCUAUGUUAGCUGAUUGUUUUUCUGAUUUGUGAGAAGCCACAGCUUCUGCCACAUGUGCGUCUGUGUUUUAGGUCAGAACUGGAAUUUCUAUGGUUUAUCGAAACAAAGCCAAUCAGUACUGGGGCUAUGCGUAAAUUCACCCAGGAGUCUGCCUUCCUUGGGUUUUCCAUGAUUACAGUAGCAACUCUAGGUCUAGUAUUUGUCAUUAUUUAUUGUACCUGUCACGGUCGAUCAAUUGUUAAUAUUGAAGCAUGUGUGGAGAACAUGGAUGAGAAUCACCAUGAGUCCACUGUCCUCACACCCACUGUUAGAGAAACAUAUGGGUUCUUUUCUGCAAACUAAUUAAGCUGCCAAAUUGUCAAAGUCUUAAUCCUUUUAAAUACUUCAUAAUUUUAACUGUAAAUAGUGUGCCUUCUUCUGGAUGUGACAGAAGAUCCAGUCAUGUUACUUCUUUAAUUAUGUCAUAAUAUGUUCUAAAAGUCGUAAACUACAUUAAAAGCUGACAAAAAAAUGUAAAGAUGACCUAAAUUAAAAUUAUUUAACAGCUCUAAAGUAAGAUAACUUUAUUUUUGUCUUAGUUACUUAGUGCUUGUCCUUUCAAAGGAAGCUGUUUUGGGAGAUUUUUUAUUAAACUUGAGUUUUUCUGCAGUGUUCCCCUCUCUCCUUGAGCACAGAAUGAAUACUCAUAUUUCUGGAAUAACUCCAAAACCAUAAACUGGUUUACAUACUGGUUACAUUGAAAAGUCUUUCUGGGCUAUUGGUUGUCUGGUGAUAGAUAGGUUUUUGGAAUUAGCUUUCUUGUUUUUUAUGGAACAGCUGAGACACAAUCUGAUUCUUUUAAGGAUUAACAGGACUCCACCCAAAUUUUCAGCAAGAGGUGACAAGUGCUGGUUUUCACUGUUUUACUCGGUGAUAGGACAAAGCUCUGAGUAACUAAGACAUGCAAUCAAAGGUGUCUCUAAUGCUCUGUCCUACCAGUUAUUGUGCAUUCAUUUUGUUUUGUGUCCCACCUAUAAGUACUGUAUUAAAAUUGUCUAUGUUAUCAUUUCUUUGAUACUUUUCUGCUUGCCUGACCCAUUCGCAAUGAACUUCCUGCUGUGUUGAGUUUUCUCCUUGCUGUAAACCACAUGCCUAUUAUUUUCUUCUUGCUCUUUUCUGAAUUAACCUUUUUCUUUAAUCUUAUAUAAAUAAAUUUUCAGCUGUCUUUGAUUUACUUUAAAAUACUUUUCAGGCUUUUGCUUUGUUUUCCUAAAACCCUUUCCACUUUCAACUGUGCUCUUUCAAUGUUCUUCUAACACUCUCAGCAGUAUCAGCUGCAUGGUAUUUGUUAUAAGCCCUUUUUACUUUCUCCAGUCUAAAAGUCUCUUGUGUCCCUGUUCUUGUCUAAAUCCUUAAUUAUUUAUCUCAAAAAGCAAGGGAUCUAUUUUCAAACCCCAAUAAAAAUGCCUAUCUAGUCAUUAAAAUGCCCAUGAUAUUUAUUUGCUGCCACUGAGCCAAUUUUAUACCCAACUUGGUAUUUUAUUUUAGAUUCCAUGAGACUGCUUUUCCAAUUAGUUUGCCAUGGAGGGAUUUUGUCAAGAUCCAUUCGAACUAGAGUAAGUACAUCAUAAUGAUAACAAAUAAAGCUGUAAAACAUGCUGCAAGAUUGGCAACUUCUGUGGAGGAUGAAGUAGAAUUAACCUUUCUACUUUCUGGUCAACGACCCUCCUUGUUUCCCCCCUCAGAAAAUUCAAGCAACUUGCUUUGACACAAAUUCCCUGAGUAAAUUCAUCCUGAUUAUCUUCAAUUACUUUGGACUUAUCAAAAUGAUACUUAAUGGAAUCAUUUAUAUAAUUUUCCCAUUGCUCUGCCCAACCCCUCAGUGACAGAUGCAUAAAGCUCAUCAACCUAUCAAUAGAAAUCUGGGACAUAGUGGGAUAUGGUUAGUACUCAGAAUGUAAUGCAGUUCAUUUACCUCAACUUUUCACUGAACGACAAUGUCUAUGGCUUAGAAUGUAACUGAGUGAUGCCAUGAUAUAGGAUUGGGAGAUACUGACUCAGAUUCUGUCUUGAGCUAGGACAGUGAUGGAAAUUGCUUAGUGGUAGCACUGACGAUUAGCUAGAGGCAGAACAAAUAUUGGUAGCUCAAGAACAUUGAGUGUUGCUGUAUACCAUGACCUACAAAAAAAGUUCAGCAAUAGAAGCAGAUUGCAGAAGAUGGUUUCUCUCUGAAUUUCCUAGAAUUUUGAUGUUCUCUGGGGGAAGAAGGUGCUGUGCUGGUGUUAAUUGGUAUUGGAAACUAUAGGCAUUUCAAAGGUCCAUUCCAAUAGAUCUUUUGGCAGAGGACUUUGCUUUAUGAAUGUGUUAUGGGACAUGCCCUGUCCUGUAAAGUUGUUGAGUUAACUGUUGCCAUUAAUUAGAUGUCAGUAUUGCUGCAGUAUAAAUCUUCUUGGCCAUCCACUGACUUUGAACAACUUACACGGGUCUGCCAGUUGCUGUAAAGGUUCUGAAAGCCAAUUUUGCUCAUUUACCAUCGAAACUUGUCCAUUAACCUUAUAACACAAUGGUAUUCCAUUCCACAGUAUUAACCAUAACCUGGGUGACAUCUAGUAAUCCAGUACAAUAGCAUUUUGGAAUGGGCCAUUUCAGGUAAGUGAAGCUUGAGGAGCACAAGAGUGAAUCUUCAUCCAGAACCUCACUGUAAUGAGAUCCUCACUCUUACAGUAUGUGCCAAUAUUUAGUGCUAAUUUCUUGGUAUUCUCUGUGGGAUUAGGAACUAUAACACGGUUCAAGCUACUGCUUAGGCUAAACUGGUACUUUAUUGCUAAUUACACAUAAAUGACAUUGUACUUCUAAAAAUUUCAUAACAAAGUAUUCAUCUGAUUGUAAAUUAGUUUGUAUUGUUAUUUAUUUCUGUUGUUAAUGUAUUUAUUAGUAAGAUGUCAAUAAAGUGCCAGCAGUGUCCUAAUGUAUGCGUUU